CAAUUUGACCUACCCCAAAUUCGGUACUCCUGCAUCCAACGGUCUGUCUUCAGGAGGAGGACUGGGUGGUGGCGGCAAGAUGAGACGGGAAAGAGGCGUACACUAUAUAUCAAAACCUGGACAAGAACAACAGGAAGUGGAGGAACCAGUACUACCGAAAGUACCUCUACCCAUCAGUACUGCAUCACUGCCUUCGUUCAACUUUAGUUUUCUUGCCAGUAGUACUGUGUCAUCGUCACCAAGCACUGCUUCUACAGCAGUGAUGAACAAGGUACAACCAGCAAGUAAUGUUGGCAGUCCUGUGUUCAGAUUUUCAUCUCCAAUUGUGAAAUCUACUGAGGCGGAAGUGCUACCUCCGUUGUCUAUUGGGUUUACAUUUAGUGUUCCUGUUGUAAAAUCAGCAGAGCUUUCUGGAUCCAGUGACACACCAGUGACAUCCUUACUUACUCUAGAUACUGCCACUGUAAACAGCACCAGCAAUAAGAAAGAAAAAGAAGAAUACGAUGGCCCCUCCAAACCUGCAAAGGUCUUAAAGGAAGGAAGUGUGUUAGACAUUCUAAAAAGCCCUGGCUUUACGUCUGUGAAAACACACUCCUCUACAUCUGCACAUCCUGUUACAAGCACAGUGGUCUAUACAAGGCCUGCAAUAAGUAGUUUUUCUGCAGGUAAAGACACCUCUAAACAAGCACCCUUGUUUUGGCAGUCUGACGCAUAUGACCCAUGUCUGCAAAACAAAGCCACAGAUGGCAAAUGUGUAACGUGUCAAGCUGCUCAAGUGUCAACACCUGAGAGCACGAAACAGACAAUAAGCUCAAGUCAGUGUGUUGCCUCGAAGGCAGCAGUCCCUACAGCAGGGACACUGGGCUUUGAAGACAAAUUUAAAACGGCACCCAACACAUGGGAUUGUGAUACCUGUCUGGUCCAGAACAAACCUGAAGCUACAAAAUGUGUAGCGUGUGAGACACCAAAGCCUGGAACGGGAGUAAUGCCUGCUCUGACAUUGCCAGUGGUCACAGACAACUCAGUGACAGUGACAUCCUCCUCCAGCAGCACUGACACAACAGUCACUCUGGGGUUUGGAGACAAAUUUAAGAAGCCAAAAGGCUCUUGGGACUGUGCGGUGUGUCUUGUAUCGAAUAAGGCAGAAGACAGCAAAUGUGUAGCUUGUCAGUCUGAGAAACCAGGGAGUUCAGUGCCUGUGACCAGUAGCAGUGUUUCUGCAUUUUCUGCUUCUUCGGGAGGAUUUCUGGAUUUAGACAAAUUCAAGAAGCCCGAAGGAAGCUGGGAUUGUGAGGUCUGCUUGGUCCAAAACAAACCAGAAGCCACAAAAUGUGUAGCCUGUGAAAGUGCAAAGCCAGGCACCAAAGCAGAGCUCAAAGGUUUUGGUACUGUUACUGUGGUCACAAAUGCUGCAAUGCCAUCAUUUACAUUUGGUGUCCAGUCGUCCUCCUCUGAAUCUUCUCAUACAUUAGGUAGCACAGGAAAUUUUAAAUUUGGAGAACAAGGGAGCUUCAAGUUCGGCAUUGCAUCUGAAUCUGCAUCCUCCAACACUGUGACUGGGGCAUUUAAGUUUCCUACUGGUUCAGGAGACUUCAAAUUUGGAGUUUCUUCCUCAGACUCUAAAUCAGAAGACAGUAAAAAAGAAGGCAAAAGUAACAGUUUUACCUUUGGACUUCCAUCUGCAAGCAGUCAGGCUCCUUCAACAUUUCAGUUUGGGACAGCGAGUCUGGGACAGCAAGAAAAGAAAGAGGAACCAGUUUUGGGAGGCUUUGGUUUUGGCACAAGUUCUGCUUCUUCUAUAGCUACCAAUGAGAAUAAAACCGGAGUCAGUGGCUUCACUUUUGGAACCGUGGCAGAAAAGGAGGUAGCAUCACCUGCUUUUGCAUUUAAGAAGUCAGAUGAGAAAAAUGAUGAAACCCUUUCAACGAAGGGAGGUUUCUCUUUUGGCAGUGUGGAGUCCGCACCUGCCUCACAGUUUGUUUUGGGAAGGACAGAAGAGAAACAGGACACUGUCACUUCUGCUGCUCCAUUAGCGUUUGGAAAGAAAGCUGACAAUGACGAGUUAAAGGCACAACCUAUCUUUUCAGCUGGGACGGCUGAGCAUACCAAAGAGGAGAGCACAGCAAAACCUAUAUUCAAUUUUAGUUUCGUUAAACCAUCAGAGAAGGAAAGUGAGCAGGCAAAGCCAUCUUUUGCAUUUGGGGCACAAACCAGUACUUCAGAUCAAGGAGCAGCAAAGCCAUCCUUCAGCUUCUUGAGCUCAAGUUCCUCCAGCACAGUCGUACCCACCACUUCAGCCAACAGCAGCAGUGUGUUUGGCAGCGCCAUCUCUUCCUCAAAUUCUCAGCCAGUUCCCGCUCCCUUUGUGUUUGGACAACCCAGCAACACUGUGAGCAGCUCUGUUUUUGGCAAUUCUGCAGAAUCUGCAGCAUCUCAGUCAUUUGGCUUCUCUCAAGAAAACAAGCCAGCAACCACAUCUUCCAGCACUGGCACGGCUCUUGCUUCAUUUCUCUUUGGUUCAGGAGCCAGCAGUACCAAUACAGCAAAUUCAGGCUUUACCUUUGGAGCCACAACUACAUCAAGUUCAACAGGGUCGUCCUCUUCGUUUCUGUUUGGCUCUGGGCCUCCAGCGCCUGCUGCUGGGCCAGCAUUUGGUGCCAGCCAGCCACCAGCGUUUGGCCAGAGCCAAGGGUCCAGCCAGCCAAGUGCUCCAAGUUUUGGAUCGCUGUCGACAACGUUGUUUUCAGCUGGCACUCAGCCUGCUCCUCCUGCCUUCGGCUCGGUGACGAGCAGCACGCAGCCCUCUGUGUUCGGACAGCAAGCGACCCAACAGCCAGGGUUUGGCUCUGCUACCCCCAGUGCUGGUUCUGUAUUCCAGUUUGGAAGUAAUACUUCUGGUUUCAACUUUGCAAAUAACCCCGGAGUAUUUACUUUUGGUGCAAAUCCUCCUGCACCAGCAGCACCGGCACAGCCCUCCGGCUCUUCAGGAUUUUCGUUCAGCCAGCCUCCAGCAUUUACAGUGGGGACUAAUGGGAAAAAUGUUUUCUCUGCCUCUGGAUCUUCAGUUUCUGGUCGGAAGAUAAAGACUGCAGUUAGACGUAGAAAAUAAUCGCCCGAUCGGUAAAGCAACUUUCGAAGCAGCUACUACCCUGCAUUGUUCAGUUGUUGGGAUCGUACCUCAUGCUGGGUUAGCUGAAGUCAGAUCUGCCUAAAGGAAUAUAAACUCUGCUGCCCUUUCCUUCCCUGGUUAGUUUUUUUUUUUUCUUUCGGUAACGAAUAGAGUUGGCAAGAGAGCCGUUCUCGAGCAAAACUAUUUUAGACUCCAGCAAGUUCCUUCUUUCACUGACUCGGCAUGGUCUGGCUGUAGCCGCGAGUAGAGCCUGCACAGUGAAUGGCUUGUACAAUACCUCUUCAUCUGCACCACUAUGUGCGCUCAUCUGCGUUUACUGACGCCUCGAAAUUGUAAUUAUAUCAGCGAGGGAUGCUGUAUAGAGUAGAGUGUUGAUAACGAAUGAUUUCUAUGCUGAGUUUGUGCCGGUGUAUGUGUGAAGUGAGUGAGUUUGGGUGUAUCGUGCACUAAAAUUUUCUGAUAGAGGAAGACUGAUUAAAGGAUGAUCCAUGCUAAGGACUUGUUAGAUCUGUAGUUCUUCAUUUAAUAAUUAUAUGCUAUUUCUAUAUUUUCAUUCUUACAGCCCUUUAUCACGCGUCUCGCCUUUGUUAUUUUAUUAUGAAACAUGUGUAAAUACAAUUUUGUUGCUCUAUGUACUUUUUUGGCAUAACAAAUCUGUGAAAUUGAAAUUUUAAUUUUGUGUGUUACGGCCAUUUUUGUUUAGUAUUGUCUCAGAUUUUAUGUAAAUCCCAUUAUUCAAAGUUGCCUAAAUCCAUUUAGAAAAUCUUUAAAAUUGGGAAUUCUUAAAGUAAGUUUAUUGGCUUUUCUGAUCCAUUUUUGUUUGGACCAAAAACCAGUAUUGUACAAAGUAUUAAGUAUAUAUUUUUAUAUUUACUGAAAUGGACUGUGGUGACUUUGGAUAAUAAGGAAAAGUUUAAUAUUAAAGCCAUGUUUAUUACAGUAUAAUUAACAUGUUAAACCAUGGGAUAAAUGCCAUCAAUAAAAACGAUG